UUAUUCUCACUCUCACUCUUUUCCUGCCUCUUAAAUCUAACCAAACUCGUAUCUUAAUCAAACUACUUAUUUCUUAAUUGCCUUUUCUUUCUUUCUAUCAAAAAAAGUAGCUGACUUUUCACGUCAAAGCAUUAGGCUGUUUUGCAUUUCUUUAUCUUUUCAUUCCCGUCGUCUGCAAUAAUGGAUGCUUUGUCUCUGAAUUCCAUCUCUGUAGCAUCAAAAUGGGUUGUAAAAGCGACCGAUAGAAAAAUACAAUUAUGGAAGAAUAAGCAGAAACUAGUGUAUUGCCACCAAGGUGGUGGUGGUCCUCAUGCAAUAAAAUCAAGUGGUAUGUCUUCUGUUUUGAUUGAAAAAUCAACGGUGAUUAGCACAGAUCAUGGAAGGGGCAUAAUGGAAUCUGGCAAUGUAGUUUCAACCCCAAAUGAGAAUACCCAGGCUACAGCAGAUAUUGAAGUCAAGGAUUUGGCAACAUAUGGCUGCGGUUCAUCUACUCUGGUGGACAGGCAUGAUGAUGGCAUUGGCAUUGUUAAUUUUCUUAGAGGAAAAUCUCUUCUCAUUACUGGAGCAACUGGUUUCUUAGGAAAAGUUCUUAUUGAGAAGAUACUACGGACAGCACCUGAUGUUCGUAAGAUAUUUGUUUUGAUCAAGGAAAAAAACAAUGAAGCUGCAAUGGAGAGAUUGAAAAAUGAAAUCAUCAAUGCAGAACUUUUCAAGUGUCUGAAAGAAACCUAUGGAAAAUCUUAUCAACCUUUCAUGUUGAGCAAGUUGGUCCCUGUUUUUGGAAAUGUCUCUGAAAUUAAUCUUGGACUUGAUGGACAUAUGGCUGAUAUGAUGGGAAAAGAGGUUGACAUAAUCAUAAAUUCAGCAGCUAAUACAACUUUUGAUGAAAGGUAUGAUGUUGCCCUUGAUAUUAACACUGGCGGACCUACCCGGCUCAUGAACUUUGCAAAACAGUGCGACAAACUUAAACUCUUCAUACAAGUAUCCACAGCAUAUGUCAAUGGACAACGACAGGGGCGAGUGAUGGAGAAGCCUUUCUGCUUCGGAGAUAGUAUAGCAAUGGAGAGUCGUUUAGGAAACCAACAAAGAUCCCUUUCUACGUUGCAAGUUGAGGAUGAAAUCAAUUUAGUUUUGGAAUCAAAACAGGGUUUCGAAGAAAAUGUGCUCAUCCAGGGAAUGAAAGAACUUGGCCUAGAGAGGGCAAACAAAUUCGGGUGGCAAGAUACCUAUGUAUUUACAAAGGCUAUGGGAGAAAUGAUGAUUGAUAGUACAAGAGGCGACAUACCAGUAGUUAUAAUUAGACCAAGUGUUAUCGAGAGCACAUACAAAGAGCCAUUCCCAGGAUGGAUGGAAGGAAACAGGAUGAUGGAUCCAAUUAUUCUCUACUAUGGAAAGGGGCAACUUACAGGAUUUCUGGUAGAUCCCAAUGGAGUCAUUGAUGUAGUUCCAGCUGAUAUGGUGGUCAAUGCGACAUUGGCAGCCAUGGCAAAGCAUGGGGCAGCUGGAAAAUCUGAGAGCAAUAUCUAUCAAAUUGCUUCUUCUGUUGAGAACCCAUUAGUUUUCAAAGACCUGGCCAGAUUGCUCUACGAACACUUCAACUCCUCGCCCUUCACCGACUCAACAGGGACACGAAUUCGAGUCCCAGAAAUGAAGCUUUUCAGCUCUAUGGAAGAUUUUUCAUCUCACCUUUGGAGGGAGGCACUUAAACGAAGCGGGCUAGGAGCUUUGACCAACCUUGAUGGAAAGUUGUCCCAGAAGCUCGAAAGUAUCUGCAGGAAAUCAGUGGAACAAGCAAAAUACUUAGCUAAUAUUUAUGAACCAUACACUUUCUACGGUGGAAGGUUUGACAAUAGCAACACAAAAAGACUGAUGGGAUACAUGUCCAAGGAGGAAAGCCAUCAGUUCGGGUUUGAUGUUGAGAGCAUAGAUUGGCAAGAUUACAUCUCUAAUGUCCACAUUCCAGGAUUAAGGAGGCAUGUGACAAAGGGUAGAUGAUUGCUAAACUAUAAUGGCUUCUGCUGAAAGAAUUUCUGCAGCCAACUGUAAAAGAACUACUUGGUUCCACCCCCCCACCCCCCCUCCUUCCUAACUACUGUAAUUUCCUAUUAAGAUUAGAUAAAAAGAAGACUUGCGUAUCUAUCCCCAAUGUAUUAUCAUUUCAAUGUACGUCUAUGAUGAAUCCUAACCGCCUGAGUUUCCACGGUUCUACGUGGAACUUCGAGUAAAGUUAGGCAGCAUGCUUGUCUUGAACUUCAUUGACUCAGUCGACAUUAUGAUCAAAUGCAAAGCUAAUAAAUGUAAAUUCUUUCCUCAAACCUUGCUGCUCAAUAUAAUGGAGGACUCGAAAAGAUAGAAAAAAUUUGCUCGUCUGCCAAGACUUCCAUAUUAGUAGUAA